GCCUCAGACCCGACACUGAAACAGCUUCAGCGACAGAACUAUUGCAUUCUCACCGUGUGCUUCAGGGAAGGAAAACGCCAGGGAUUGGACUCACUCUGAGGUUCGGAAGCUGUUCAUAUUUGCUUGACUCAGUUACAGAAGUAACUCCAAGAAGCUGGAGGUGGAAAUAUACUCAGUUGAUGUAAUUGUGUCUGGGACGCUCUGAAAUGUUCUUCGCGCUCUCUUUCCUCCUCUUAACUAAAGCUGUGGUCGGUGGUAUUAAGCACGAGCAGAGUAAAUGCCCAGAGGUGUACUUUGAUGGUUUGCAUCGGGUCGUGCUAAACUGUUCCAACCCAUCCUACACGCGGGCAGCGUUGGUACAAUGGCGCUGGACAGAUUUCUCUGGAAAGCAGAAGCAACAGCUUCUGCUGCAAAUCCUGAGCGGGAAUUUGAUGAGACACGCAGACUGGGCUGACAUGGAAAUAUCCGUCGAGACCUGCCUGGAAAAUGGAAGCUGCUCGCUUCGCAUGACCCCUGCACAAGAUUCCACUGGGCUCUAUCAUUGCAUUGUAUGGACCUCGAAAAGCAUCACUGAAGAAAAGACCUGGCUCAUAUACAAAGUGGACUCCAGAGAUCUAGGAGCUGUCUACGUGGCAGUUGGAACUGGCGUGGGGCUCCUACUGCUGGCCCUCAUUGGGGUCAUUUGUUUCUGCAAGCGAAAAGCGAGAGGUCAGGGGGAUCAGAAUGCUGAAUCCCAGAAUCGUCAAGGAAACAGGCAAAAUGUAAAUUCAACAUAUAUGGAUCUCAUCAUAAAUGACCAGGAAGUUUACAGCAAUCUGAUAUGAUGGCACGUGCUUGAAAGAACGUCCUGGUACCUUGCCUUUAAGAGAGUUCACCUUUAAUGACACCACUUAUUGUGUGUAUACAACACUGUGACCCUGCCUGGCUGCUAUUCUACUGUGGUUUUGUACCUUGCAGACACAGAAAUGAGAUAGUUUUAUUUUCUAUAAUGUCUAUUUCAUAACUUAUGACGUGUUUUAUUCGUUUUCAACUAAAUUGGGCCACAAAAAGUUUAUCAAUUCCUGAUCAGCGAUGGUAAAGACUGUAUGUUUUUAUACUUCUGCAUUUUUUAUUGUAAACUAAAAAGAGAA